UUGGAAAUUUGCGAACAAGAUUUUCUGCGCCAAGUUUUUUGCCCGUGAGAGUGUCUUUUCCCUCGUUUUCCGUGCAGUGUCGAGUAUUCGCGUGAACAAAGACGCCCAGCAAUGGAUCUUGCCAAACUCAAGGUGGCCGACCUAAAGGCCGAGCUGGCGGCGAGAAAUUUGGAUACCAAAGGCGUGAAAGCGGUGCUACUGGAGCGCUUGAAGGAAGCGAUCGAACGCGAAACCAACGCGGCCGCCAACGUCGACCUGACCAGCCAACAACAGUAUCUAGCACAGCAGCAGCAUCAACAACAGUUGCUGCUGCAACAGCAGCUGCAGGCGCAGCAGCAAUUGCAAGCGCAGCAGCAGUUGCACGCCCAGCAGCAACUUUUUAUUCAACAGCAACAACUUCUGCAACAGCAGCAGCAGCAGCAGCAGCAGCAUCAGCAUCAGCAACUACAGCAGCAAAAUGCGAUAGUUGCUGAGCCGCUACCCCAAGAGCAGGCGAUAGAGGAUUUGUCCAUGUCAAGCAAGCGGGUGGAUACACCGGUUCGGCGACGAAGCACCAGACGUUCCAUGACACGAUCGCCGUCACCGCCCAACAGCUCCGCGGAUAAUCCUCACGGCUCGCUAAUGGGAAGCGCACGGAAGAGGGGCCGAUCGCGUUCGAUGACAAAAUCACCUUCUCCUCAGCGACUUACCAGCGAAGCACCAUGUCUUGCAUCGGUACAAGAAGAGGAACCGGAGCCAGUGGUGGAAACGACAGAGCACCGAUUAGCAGAACCUACGCCUGAACCAACUCCGCUUACGCCCGACGAUAGCGCCACCAUGGCACCUGUCGUAGAAGCACCUCCAGCUCUAUCAUAUGAGGAACCUGUCGAAGAACCGGAACCACUGGAUCCGGUACCGACAGCAGUUGCAUCAUCCGCAAUGGAGGUUGAGGAAGAGGAAUCAAAUGCACCAGCUGAAACGGUUGAACAGAGUGAUGCAGUCAAAAAGGAGGUUACUUUGCCCACGCCUGAAUCGACGGAGGCAGCGCUGGAGGCAGAACAACUUUCAACCCAGCCCGGAACAGAGCAAGACUCGAAGGAAGAUAAUCAGCAGGUUGAAGCUGAAGAAGAAUCUACCAAGCCUGCCGAAACAAGCGAAUCGGAUGCUAAGCCUGCAUCAGCUUCAACUAGCGCCGCGGAAACUGUUACAAGCGAUACAUCAAAGGCCGGAGCAACGAAAACCGAAAAGAAGCCAAACGCUCAACAACAAGCCCUGAAUAAUACGGUUGAGUUCGUGACAGAAGAAGUGGAGCCACAGCUGCCCGCAGAAGCCGAAAAUACGUUCACGCUAAGCUGGUAUGAUUCUGAUUUGAAUUUAACCAUCGACCAUAAAGAUUUGCUAUCUGCAAAACCUCUUUCGGACGGCAUAUUUGGCCUAGUGUGGGCUGGAGUUCGAGCUAGCCGCGGUGUCACGGGCGGGAAGGUGUUCUACGAAGUAUUAGUAGCGGAUGAGUUGCAACCCGCUACCAAAUCACCGUUGGUGCCGGAAGGCGAAACAUCUACACCGGAAAUGCGAAUAGGCUGGUCAACGUUGGUGGAAAGCGAACGGCAGCUUGGCGAGACGGAACUCUCCUACGGAUAUUCUAGCUGUGGAAAGAAGGUAACCGGUGGCAACUUCGAGCAGUACGGUGUAGCGUACGGGAAGAAUGACGUCGUUGGCGUUUACUUGGAUAUGGAAGCGUCACCAUGUCUAAUGCAGUUUACGGUUAACCGUAUACGACAAGGGCCAGCAUUCGAAUUCGAAAAGGAAGCGUUGAAUGGCCACGCUCUAUUCCCGCAUGUAUACGCUAAAAAUCUAUCGUUCAAAGUAAACUUUGGCACGGUGGAGGAUGGUUUUCCGUUGACGGUGAAGAAAGCAGCUACUACGGUCAAACCGGCAACCGAAACGGGCGACAAAGAUGCGAAACAAACGAGCGAAUCAACCGCAACCAAGGAGGAAGGAAAGGAAGAUGAUGCAAAGGAAGGCGAAGAUUCUGUUCCAAAGGAAGAAACAAAAUCGGACGAUACCGGCAAGGUGGAGGAAGUUGUACAAAUGGAGGAAGCGGAAAACACAACAACCUCAACCGAUGAACCAGUUGCUGAAAAAGUACCUUUUGACGAGGAGUUUAAAUUCCUGAACAGCUUCGUCAAGGAGAAUGAAACUUGCGUUGUCAACGGCUUGAAGGGACCAUCGGCUAGGGAUAGUUGUGAGCUUGUAAUGAUGAUUGGACUUCCUGGCAGUGGCAAAACCACAUGGGUGCAAAACUAUCUGAAAGAAAAUCCCGACAGUUCGUUUACUUUGCUGAGUAUCGAUAGUUUGUUACAGAAUAUGAAGGUGUUGGGUAAGGCACGGGAUCCUUCGAAUACUCCACAGUGGCAGAAGGUGGUGGAGCAACUGUCGCGUAAUAUGGCACGGUUAAUCGAGAUAGCAUGCAAACGCCGAAGGCACAUCCUCAUUGAUCAGACGAAUGUGUUUGCAUCGGAGCAAAAGCGACGUUUGAAAGGAUUCGGAGGAUUUAAGACACGCCGUGCGGUGGCGGUGGUACCGAAUCUGGAGGAGUAUAACCGACGGUAUGAACUAAAAGUUGCCAAAUACGGCAAGGAAGUACCUGAAACGACUCUUAACACUAUGAAGGCAAACAUUUUUGUACCAUCGCUAUUACAAAACUGGUACACGGAAAUUGUAUUUACCGAACUCGCGGAAACGGAAGCACAGGAAAUGAUAAAGAAGAUGAACGAGGAGGGUCGUAAAUUGCUGCCACCGCGAAGAAACCGUGCUAAUCAGUCGAAUAGACAGAAGCAUAACAACAACGCCAACAGUAACUACACCUCGCGCUGGAAUCACAACAACCGCCCGCAAGGUGGAGGACAGCAGUACGGCAAAAAUCGGUACGGCAACAAUGCUGGCGGUGGCAGUGGCGGAUACAACCGUUACGGAAACAAACCCAACGACAGCGUUGGUCAGUAUGGACACCAUCGUUCCGGGGAUUACCGUAGCGGAAAUGGAUACGGCCGCCGAGACGAUCAUCAUCAUCGUGGAGGAAGUUACGGUUCCGGUGGAAACCGGUACGAUUCCUGGAAUCGUAACAGCGGUGGUGGCGGUGGAGGAUAUUACAACGAUCGUGGAUAUUCUAACCGUGGUUAUAAUCAGCAGCAGCAGGACCAUUCCAGUAAUCGAUAUGAUGCACGUCGUCGUGAUCGUCGGGGAUAUAACAAUGGUUCGGGAUGGAACACACAAGGUGGGCAAUCGCAGCAAUGGAACAAUAGCUACCCGAAAUCGGGCAGCUCGGAAUCCUGGUACUUAUGGUGGCAGUCCAACCUGAACGAUCUGCUCGCACCGAACGGUAGCAAUGGUGGGGCUGAUGGAUCUGCCGCUGGCGCCGCCACCGCCACCUCAUCGUCCCAGUGGAAUCAGUACGGGAACAAUGCGCAUCAAUCCUCAUCGUACGGAAACUAUCAUUCGAAGGGAUGAAGCAAUUCGUAAGCGAUUACCGGUACCGGGGGUAUAGGGACUUGCUUCCGUUUCGCAGCUCUCAGACAGAUGUUUUUUUUACUUUCUACACUAAUUGAACCUGAGACGUAACCUUAAUGUAGUGUAAAUUAAUUUAGUAAGUUAGAUGAAUUUUUCUUUCAUUAACAUACACACAACAAACACAAAUAAAUUAGUACAGCUUUUCCACACAUACACACAUGACAACACAUGCAUUCAUUCGCGACAACGCUUGUAGUUGGUUAUGUUUAAUGUUCGUUAUGCACAUUUAAAAUCCUCAAGAAAACACACACACACGGCCCGUAAAGAUGGCAAAGAGACAUACUACUCACGCAAAAGGUUUAGGCAAUGGUAGUGAGAUAAAUUUAAGAGUGCACGGAAUAUCGAUUUUAAGGAAAAAGAAUGAGUCGAGCCUGAGGGAAGUCAUAUAUAUGGUGGAUAAUGGAUAAUUUAUGUGUAAUACGUUUGUUUACAAUACCUAAGAAGAAAAAAAGCUCGAUGUUCAACAUUAGUGCGGUAAGAAUCGGAUUGUAAGAGUUGCAAUGGUUUUUCCUUUUGUUCGUUCGAUCUAGUUGACAACACUUUAAUGGGUCCGGAAUGCGUAACCCGGAAAGCGUUCUCAUUUCUUGAACGUCUUGAACUGGAGGGUGCCCUUCCGCUUUCCCUUUUCUCUUUAUUUAGUAACAAGGAUGAUUUGCGUAUAGAUUUUUUUUGUUGUUGUAUAGUUACACAACGAAUUAUGUUAAAAUAUGUAUCGUAUUCUUCGCUCUUUUUCGUUUUAGUAUCAUAAGAUUUAUUGUUUUUAGCGUUAGGAUGUGCAACCUAUCCCCCCCCCCCCCUCCCCCUCUCCCCCAUCACCAAUCGUGGAAAAGCAAGGUAGAAUAAGAACUCCUCAGUAAGCGAUAGGAUUUUGCUGUACUUUAUUUUAUUGGUUUCCAUUUCCAUGCCCUUCAUCACCAUUCAUUUUAAGGUGCCGCGGUCUGAUUAACAACUUAAGAGGUAUUAAUUGAGAAAGUGGCUCCGCAGGCCUUACUUUAUUAACUGUAUGGUAGCACUGCAAUUGAAACUGAUGAAAUAUAGAGGUAUGAGGAGAAAAAUAGUCGCGGAAAAGCAAAAAAAAAAUCAACAUUAAUCCGGUUUUUUUCAUUAGGCAAGAAGCUAAAAAAGGAUUAUUAAAUUUAGUCAAACAACUGUGUAAUACAAGAAAAAAAAAACACAACAGCAAUUGUAUGAAAUAGAAAGUAACAAUACAUUUUGGCGUGCACUAACCCAUGAAAAUUAAAAGAAGAAUCAAAACCUUCUUGCAAGUAUCCCUUUAUGGUUGCAAACUGAUCUAAAGCCCGCUCCCUUAAACAUGGCUUGUCAAAGUGAUUGUUUCCAACGGAUAUUUUUCAAACCACAAAACGGAAAGAGCAGUUUUGUAUCAUACAUCGCGGUUUGAGUAAUCGUAGUAGGCUACGAAGUGUUUUCCUUGAAUACUGACGUGUAACUGCGUUAUUGCAUGCUUUGAUAGAAAAACCCCGUCAAAUGAAGCAUUUUGUUUGGGAAACAUGAUUAGGGGAGUGGGACAUGUAUAACAGAAGCGUACAGUUGCGUAAAUCAUAUGCUAAACUAGAGAAAUAGAUUGUUUUUGAUUACAAAAGUAAGAACGAAAUACAAAAACGACGAAUCGUUGCGAGUUAUAUGUGCAAAGAUAAGGUGUGACCCGUUUUUAUUGCCAUUUUGCUGACAUUUGCAAGUACAACCGAUAACACAACUAAAGAAAUCUAACACCCAACUUGUCUCGCUAUCCACUGUCUAUAUACUUAAGGUACAAAUAAACGACAAAACUGUCCAUAUUACCUAUAUUUCAUCAAACGGGGAAGAUUUGGUGUCGGUUUGUAAUGUAGAGAAAGAAUUAUGUGUUACUCAGAGCUUUAUGCAUCAAGAAUGUUGAAAUCACCCCGCACUCGCUCCUUUCUUUCAUCUCAAGUGUAUCAAUUAAUUGGGUGGCCA